AUGAAUGAGAAAGGCUUCUUUUUCUUUAAGUUUAAGACAAAAAGGGGUCUUGAACAAUUACUGGAGGAUGGACCGUGGAUGGUACGUAAUGUUCCAAUAAUAUUGAAUGAAUGGACUCCGUCAACUACGCUGGUGGAGGAGGAUAUUACUUCUAUACCGGUGUGGGUGAAGAUGCAUGAUGUCCCGUUGCCGGCGUUUACUGAGGAUGGUCUGAGUUUGCUAGCUUCUAAAAUAGGGGUGCCAAAAAUGCUAGAUUCAUACACAGCUACGAUGUGCUCAGAAUCGUGGGGUAGGAGUAGCUUUGCUAGGGCCCUUAUUGAAGUGCAUGCUGGAAUGGAGCUGAUGAGGAGUAUUAAAGUUGCGGUCCCGUCUUUGGAAGGUAAUGGGUAUGCUAAAGCUGAGGUUAAACUAGAGUAUGACUGGGAACCUUUAAGAUGCACAGGGUGUUGUGUGUUUAGUCAUGAGGAUAGUACGUGUCCAAAGAAACCGAAGCCGAUUGUUACCGAUGUGGUGAAUAAGAAUACCGAGGGGUUUCAGGAUGCGAAAGGGAAAAAUAAGAAAGGUGGACAACAAGGAUUCCAUGUUAAGAACCAGAAACCAAAGAUGGUGUAG